AGUCAGACAUCACACCAUACAAUGUAUGUUGAACAUGACAGCUUCAGGAAACAUGAUACAAAAUGGCUUCCCUAUGAGGAAGGUCUAGCUGAAAGGAACUUCCAGUAAUGUGAAAUUUAAAAACUGCUGCAAACUGCUUAGUUGAUGAGGCUUGGUGACCUAAAAGGUUACAGAACAAGUUACACAGUUUGUCUUUUAACAGAAAUUUACAGCAAUUGUGAAAUUAAGUAGCACCUUCAUGGUCCAAAGGUGACUAAGGGAUGGCUGGACCAGACUGAAACGGUUGGCCCAAGCCCGGCUUGCCACAGCUGGCCCAACUCUAGCCAGCCUUGGGCCCACUGCAGCCAGGACUGGGCCGAGUCAUAGUUAUUGUUUACCCGGGCCAGAUUUUGACCAUGUGGUAUGUCAGUGGUGGCCCAGAGCUGGCAGUUGGUUGCCUGGCCCAAACCUGGUUUGUAUCAUUUCAGCUUGGCUAGAUAUGCUACUUUUUGUUGAUUUCACAUUUGUUACUUAUGAGUGCCGAUGAUAUCUAUGACGAGGCAAGGAAUUUUAUCAAUGUUUGGCCCUCUAACAUUUCUUGCAGAACUCUGUGUCCACCCAAUUCAAACACUAUUUCAGUUGCCAUUGAGUGCCUUUACAUGUAAGUAACUUUGGUUUGUAAGGACACUAAUCCCAAAUAGUGAAAGGAAGACAAUUUGAGACCUGAAAUAAUGUUUACUCGGUGAAAUGACAACAUAAAUGUGGUACAGUUUUAGGUGGAGAUUUCUAUAUUUUAUGGUUAUAUACCGGUACAUGUAGCUCCAUUUUGUAAAAGGAUGAGGUGAUUCCAUCCCCUUCCAUCUCUUUCUUACCGUCAACUAUGCCUGGAUUGGCCCAACCCUGCUGGGACUAGCUUUUAUGGUAUAUGAAACGGUGCUAGCAGUGGGCCAUCAAUGGUCCUGGGCUGACACAGCUGAGCCAACCCUUACAAAUCAUCCAACCCUGGGAUAGGCCUGGACCAACAGUGUGGUGUUUGCUGUACACAGUAAUAUCAAAUUACAAACAAGUACCAUAUGCAUUUGUGAUCACAGACACAGAUGUUGAAGCUUUCACCCGCUUAAAUACAUGUACAUGCAUGUACUGGUACCAAAACGUACUGUACAUGUACGUACAUGUAGUCUGAGUUGGCGGCAGAUAUUAAAGUAAACGUAUACAAGACCCAAACGGUUAAUUAGUAAAAAAUGGAGAUGGCAGAUAAUGAAAAUAAAAUACAUGUAUUUCAGAAACGAAGGAUAUUGGCCCCAUCAGCUCCAGCAUGGGACAACACUUUAGCACUGCCACACUUUUAGCUGAGUCUGGAAGCCAUAGUGAACAUGGUGGAAGAAGAAAAUCUUGAAAAAAAAAAUGUGAAACAAGCUGACAAGGUGGGCGGGAACGAAAACUAGAUUCUGCAUACGAAAAAGUUUUCCAUGGAACAGACGAUUCCUUCGUGGAUUUUAUGCGCAUGGGCAAUCAUCCGGUAUAUUCAGCUGGUACAACACAGCAAAUGGGUUGGCUGGCGGGCCGACUGUAAAAAGGCACCAACGGUUGUGAGUACACCCAAACACUAUCGGGUGGUCCGUUGACUGCGCAGCUUGACAUUGUGAAUUAAAUACUCUCGCCUGCCUUUAUAAGACACCAGAGAAAACGGCGACAAACUUGGCCAAGGGGAAGAAGAAACACCUUCUGGACACAGAACACGCCCUCUGCGUCCCUAUUCGGUCUCGAAAGGAGGUGCCAGGCAGCACUUUUCGUGUAGUUGCAACUGUAUCUACAACUCGACCGAAAAUGCAACACGGCGAGACCGAUAUGUCCUAGUUUACCGCCCACAGAGGAAAGCCGCGCUGCUGUUGGAUGUUCCUACACCAGCUGCCCUCAUCAAUUUCUCGAACAUUUCUGGAAUCCAGUACUUCUCCUGCACUGGAAGUGGAUGUCAGGUACUCAUUGGAAAGCUGCGAUGCCCUGAGUGCCUACAGCUAACAUACCUACGCUCCUAGCAACGAAUCCCCUCUCUACCCUAAGAAAGUCCGCUCGUCGCUGAGGUUUGAAGCGUCGAACCGGGUAAAACGUGGGCGUCCACGGACCUGUCUAUUGCCUCCUAAGGCUGGCCAUUCCGAAGCGAGCACGCUACUGCAUAGUGAGAAUUACUAACUGAACGGUCCGGGUGCUGCUUUAGUCAGACUCGUACGGUGAGGGAGGAUUAGGUAUAUAUCUGCCUGGAUUUUUGUCAAAAGAAGAGAGUAAAAGUAAUUUAUAAAUUAGAAUUACUGUCAUAUGUCGUCUCAAGUAUGAAUAAUAGUAGCUUUACCCCAGAAUAUUCUCUUGAUCCCAAAUGGGAUCUCGUUGCCCGAGAUGUUUUGUUUUUAAUUAUUGGUGUUACUGGGAAUAUUUGCCUUAUUUUUAUUACACUCCGACACAAGAGCUUGCGCACCGUACCGAAUUAUCUCAUCGUGAACUUGGCAGUUGUGGAUUUGGGGUACAUAUGCUUGUUUUUACCUGCAGAAAUUUCAAUCUCGCUUGACUUGAGAUCCGAGAAGUUUGAAUUCUUUAAAUCGGAGGAACUCUGUGAGCUCAACAGAUACCUCCAACUGGUGUUUUUGGGCGUGUCCACAUUCACCCUCACAGCGCUGAGCGUUGAUCGAUAUCUAGCCGUUUCCAAACCGCUGGCCUGUCGUGUCCUGCGGAGCGGUCGGCGUCGAUUAUGCGCAGUACUGUUGGGUAUAGCUCUUAUUUGGUCUGCUGCAUUUGCUGCAGGCUACCCGGGCAUCCAAUUGGCCAUUUUGGGGGACGAUGGCAAGUGCCUCUUUAAAAGAUAUAGGUACCCAGCUGAGGAGUACACGUAUGCCUGUAUUGUAAUCUUUCUGCUGGUGCCCAGCGUGAUAAUAUCGGUCAGCUACUGUUGCACUGCCAAAAAUCUUCUCAAGUCCAACCACCUCUUGCAAGGUGGUCAAAGUACUGUGGUGUCACCGCGACAGCGCCGCCAAAGGCUACGUCUGGCAAUUGCCAUCGUCAUUAUCGUUGUCGUAUUUGUGACCACUUGGACUCUUUAUUACGCUCUAGAUGUUGUAUUUUUUCUAAACGGUGGUGUCCACUACUUGGACGACUUCCUGCAGCCGUAUCCUGCAGUAAACGUUUUGAAUCAGAUUUCAGAAGUCUUGGUUCGGAUUAAUGCGCUUAUAAAUCCAAUUAUACUGUUUGUGGUCAGCUCGGCCCACAGGAGAUGCUUAGCGAUGACAUUUUGCUGCUGUCUCCAAAGUCGAUCGAAUGGAGACCGAAAACGUUGGAUGCGACUGCGCAAAAAUACCUCCAUGUCCAUGCAGACAACAAUGGAAUCACAAACACGAAGAUCACAUCCCGAUAACGGUCAGCUGAUCUCUGAUAAUCAAGUGUAGAACAAAAGGGCAGCUAAUGGUGGAUUAAAAGAGGGAAUUUUUUUCAAUUCAGGCACUUUAAUGUUCUUAAGAAAAAGGUUACCCAAUUGUGAAGAAAGUUACAUUGCGUAGAAACCUGAUUGGAGGAAUUUUACGGUUGAUUCAUGGAAGCAUUUAAGCAUCAAGCAAGUGUAAGUUGUAAAAAGUGUAAAUGAGGCCAUUUUCCGAAUCCCAUUCAAAUACACGUAAUGGUAUUUCGUAGCAACGGGAAUGGAGAGGGAGGCCAUUGGCCAUGACAUGACCAAGCUCAAUAGAUUUGAACCAAACUUUACAUAUUAAAUAGUCAAUGAUAUAUCAGCGCAUACGGACCUGACUACGAUAUGCGCUAACGAGUAUUGUAUUAGGAUUGUUAUGGGGAUGAACUCGACCUCCUUCAUGAUGCAUCCUCGGCAAACAUGGAGAGCAACAGUAGUAGGAACAGAGUAAUUCAAAUUUUUCAUCUUUUAGGGGCACCUUAAUUUCUUAGCAUUGUUGUCUGCAAAAAUCCUUACUGUUUAACUUAAACGUUUGAUCGGAAUAUUUCAGAUUUUGACUUUAAAAAUAAGAAUGAAGACCGAGACGUUUAAAGUUUAGGUAAGGUAAACUAAGUUUGAAGGUCACAAGAAUGAUGUCCAGGAAAAUGGACACAUAAACAGGGGUCUGAUAUCCUUUUAAUUUAACUAAUGGCAGUAAAUUUCAAAUCGUUCGUUUGCGCGUUGCCCUUUAUAAUAAAAAGGACAGCUAAUUAUUUUCUGCAUUCACAUUCCCAUAUUUCUACGCACCAUUACAGGGCAACUAAGACCCGAUUUUGUGCGCAGUUUUUGAGCAGCAUUUAUGCGAUUUUCAAGCUUAAUAUUAACAUAAAGCAUCUUGGAUUUUUUAAUCAUUUAAAGGUAGUAGUCCAGAAUAUUCCAAGUAAUCAGUUUUUAGAUUAAUGGUAAAAGAUUUUGGGUGGCAAAUUAGCUUGACAAAAUAAUUCAGUGUACAUCCUGAAAGGAAGUUAUUUAUUUUCUCAAAAGCCAUACGGACACAGUCCCGAGAAAAAAGUUUUUCAAAGACCUGGUAAUCCAUUCCAAAUUUUCACGAUAGAAGUCGUCCCUUCAACGACAGGGACGAUGACAAGACUGACGUCUCAGACCUGUUGACCUCGGUGGAUUACACCCAACGGCUUCGCUUAUAAAAUCGUGUAGCACGUGCAUUCUAAAAGAGAGUACGUGUAUUCUGGUAUGUUGGUUGUAUCCACUCGCUCAGACUGGUACAGAUGAGGUGUGGUAACCUUAUCAAUGCCACGCAUGACGGCACAACUUUGGGCGUAUAAUGAUAUCUUUUGACAUCAAACACAUGCCAUAAAGGCAUGCACAUAUCCCUGUAAAUAACUUUUUUAAAGAGAUGUUUGUAAAAGGGUGAUAUAAAGGUCGAAUUAACCUAUAUACACUGCACUUUAAUUAAUACAAUAAAUGCAUUACACUUUGCACCACUGUUUUUCUGCGACUACGAUUAGAUGUUGUAACUUAGUUUCGAGUGUUUGAUUUCGGAGUGUAACUUUCCCAAAAGAAAUAUAAAUUAUACUAGCUAGUUUUACAAAUCAGUAUGUUAUGUUAUUGUAAUUGUAUGUUUCGAUAAGAUCACGGGUUACAUUUAAUUCUCAUUCGAAGAGCCGGUUCAUCGAAAUAAAGGAUGAUCAUGUUAUCAUAUCGCUGAAAAUGCUCUUGAAGGAUAGGCAGUUGAAUUACUUAGAAAUGCCUGAUUUUGUUGAAGUGCUACAUCUUAUCACUUAAAAUAAAAAAAUAGAAGGAAAUGAUGCGCUAGUACUAUUGGGUCACGUGGCUUUUUUGGAAUUAUAUCUUAUUUCUCAAUAAGAUUAAAACUAGCUCGUGUAUACCCAAAAAAUCUAAAAAUGAACAGAAUAUAAAUUUGUAUUAAAGAUUCCUAUUUGAACUACUUUUUACUAUAUCCUUCAUCGCAAGGUACAAUUUUUUUUGCAUGUAAAUACGAUAUGAUCAACUGUAUACACGUUGUUACAUACUUAUGAAAGCCGCUGUUCGAAAAAUCUACAUUGUAAUUAGUGUUUCCACGGGCUUUGUCGUCCGUCAUUAUUUGUUUGUUGGUUUUUUUGGGAAGGGUAUUUUUUCAUGCAUAACGGGUCCAUUACAGCGAACUUUUAACAUGUCGUUAUCUCUUUUAUAAGUAAAAUUCUAAACGCGUUUUUGCGUCACAUGUUGUAGUUGCAGGAGUUAUGAGACGGUUUAAUAUUUCAAAAAAGAUACACGGUCAUUCCAGAAAAAAAACACGCGUGAGGGUCGGCAUAAGAAAGACUAGAUCGGCGGGGCGUACACGCUCAGUCUUGCCGGGAGGGUCACGUGCUGGGGGAAAGAUACACCAAGAAGGAAAACGGCGCGCCAAACAUGCAUGACGAACGCGAGCCGCAACGCAGUUUUCUCGUACAAUGUGUUGUGCAUGUCCUGGCACCAACUUUGAAUUCUGUGUCGUUCUGAGGAAUCUACAUGAAGGAAAUGAGAUAAAUAUGGAAAAUCUGUGCAGACCUAGGCUUUAUGUGUAACAGAAUGGAUAGUCCUGAGCACAUAAUAGCAAGGAAUUGAAACCUGUUUUAAAUGGAAAAAAGUAAUUGGUUCAUUGUGAGGUUUCUUUUAGCUUUGGAAUCUACUGUAGGCCUAUUUGGUUGCCUCCAGUUUGCUUGGGAAAUUACCUCGCGUGACUUAGUCCCUAAAGACCUCUAUGUGGUAAAGCAGGGCUCUCUAGAUUCUCAUUGUAUUAGCAUUCUACUCAAUCACGUGCUGGAGUACAGAUAUACAUGUAAAUAAUCUUAGCUGUAUACUUCUUGUGUUUUUUGCUUCCGUUGGUGUUCCUGAGUGGCCACAGUGAAUGGGCGCGAAUGCAAACGAUGCCGGUUUUGACUUUUCAUUCUGUAAGUAGUCUAAAUCUAAAUCUGUUGUCUAGAGCUAGGUCUAGGUUUUCACUCUACUGGAAAUACACAGAGGCGCGCAAACAGUAGACCUAGCAGUAGCUCUAGAAGCUCGUUUCGGAUACGGCCAUCCAUAUCUGGCCCACGGCCACGCUUACUGGGCAAACUGUGCGCGUGCGUAUUGCUGUCUCGGAUGACCUCGGACGCGAUUCAUCCUGUGUUUGAACAAUGAACUAGCUAAUUACUAUAAUGCCUAGAAAAUUGGUCGGGAUCAGCACACAAAACAUGCGCACAGGAGUAGAGUAGCUCCUUCAUGUUAUGAGGUCGUGUGUAGAUACACUAAAUACGCUGUGCUUCGUAGCCUGAAGAGUGGUAUAAUAGUCACGGAUAGACUCGGAUCGGUCGGGGUAAAUGCAAAUACAAGUGCGUAGCUCCGCAGGAAGCCAAGUUCUCUUGUGAUUGGCCCAUGUUCUAUCAUAAAUAUUAGCGGUUAAAAAUAUAGACCUUGUAACGUUUGUUUGUUUGUUUAAUGCUAUUUCUCUCGGGUUCUCUUUGGGAAAAGACAAGUUGAAACUGUAAUCACAAUUACUGAAAUUGGAACAGUAUUACGAAUGGUCUGUGAAUUAGACUGAUUGCACACCACUGCCACAGAAAGUCAUAAUGGUCAUUUAUUCAACGAAUCGUUUCUUAAGUAGAUCAUCGGAUGCUAAGGAAAAUAACACGACAGAGAAAUUUCUGAAAAACGUUUCAACCUUUUGCAAACUCCAAUAAAAAUACUCACCCCUUUCCUGUGAUUGAAUAAGAUCCAUUAAACUAAGAUACUAAACUGAGAUACUGUCAUUCAUUUCGAUGGGAAUAAAGUAAUAUGAAUCCCAAUA